GUCACAGUGUUGACGUGGAUGACGAAUCGCUGUAUUUCGAACCGGAAAAGGAGAACGUAGUAUUCGCGAGUGCCCAGGACGGCUGGGCGUUCGGGAUCAGACAAUUCGCAGACACAUUCGCUCAGAAACUCAACUGCAACCAGAGUGUGCUGAUGAAGACGUUGUGGGGUGAUUUUUACUACAAUCCGAGCACAAAGAAGAUCAUGAAGGGUGCGCACGCCAAGAACAAGAAGCCUUUGUUCGUGCAGUUUGUGCUUGAAAGUCUGUGGGCCGUUUACAACUCCGUUUACGAUGGUGACACCGAGAAAGCCGAAAAGAUUGCAACGAGUUUGAAGGUCAAGGUGCUCCCUCGGGUUUUGAAG